GUUGGCUGGCUCAACCGGGAUUGUUUUGAACAACUGUGAAAAAGCGCAAAAAUUCCCCGCGAAUUCUCAGUUUUUACGUAAAUUCCUUUAUUAAUUCGUUGUUAUUAUUCUCAAAAAUUCUUCCAAGGAAUAUCCUUAAACUUUCCAUCCAAAGAAAAUCAAAGAAAUCCCUAAAAUUCCACUAAAAUUCCCCCAAAUGAAGAUUUAUAAAACAUAACCUCAAAAUGUCUUUGAAAGGAAAAAUUCAUUCCGUAACGGUGAAUAAUUUCAUUACCUAUGAUUCAGUGAAGCUGUUUGCGGGGCCGUAUUUGAACAUUAUAAUUGGCCCCAAUGGAACCGGGAAGUCCACCCUUGUUGCGGCGAUUGUUAUUGCCAUGGGGGGUAACUGCGGGACUCUGGCGCGUGGGAAGAAGAUUGAGGACUACGUGAAGAAUGGGAAAACCAAGGCAGCUGUUUGCGUGGAGGUGUACAGAGAUGAGGAGCAGCACCUGACGGAGUUCUAUCGAUCAUUUGAUUUAAAAGGCGGUGGAAGCUGGAAGAUUGACAAGAGGAAGGUGACGCAGAAGACGUACCUGGACACCGUGAGAAGCUACAACAUUCAGGUGGAUAAUUUGUGUCAAUUCCUCCCGCAAGAUCGUGUCCAGGACUUUGCAAAGAUGAAUCCGGAAGAGAUCUUUGCCAAUACCAUCAAAUCCGUGUGUAGUGAGGAAAUGAAUUCGCAGCUUGAGGAACUCCGGGAGAUGGAGAAAUCGUCAAAUAACUCAAAUGUGGAGCUGCUCAAGUGGAAGAGUGAACUGAAAGAGGCUGAGGCAACGAAUGAACAGCUUCGGGUGCGAAUUGAGAAUAUGGAGCAGAGAACAGCUCUCCAGGAGAAGCUUCAGGUGGCCAAGAUUAAGAGGAGUCACAUCCAACUGGAGGAGCUAAAUCGGAAGUCUGAGGAGACAAAAAGGGAUCUCGAAGCAGCUAAAAAGUCCGCAAAGGAGCACCAGAGGAAGCUCGCUCCGAUUGAGGCUGAAUGUCAGGAGUACACGCGUGAGGUGAAAAGGAUUGAUGGGGAAAUAGCUCGUGGCGUUGAGGUGACGUCCAAAUGUGACGGAGACAUUGUGGCCAUGCAGCGGGACACGGAGGAGCAGGAGGAUAAAAUCCGCAUGGCCAAGGUGGCUGUAGUCAAUGCGAAGAAGCACAAGGAAAGCCAACAAGCGGAGAUUCUCGAAGAAAGCAACCUCCUGACGGCUCUCCUGCACGACUUUAAAGCCACAGCGGGUCAGCAGACGCAGCUGAAUGGUGAGAAAACAGCCCUCAAAGCACGCAUCGCGGAGGUGCAGAAGGAAACAAAGGAACUGGAGCGAAAGCGUCAUGAAUUGAUUGAGACACUGGAUGCACAGAUUAAGCCACAAAUCCUCUCAACGCGGCGCCGGAUUCAGGAACUCCUGGACACGGAAAAGCAGCAUCUGGCAACGAUGGAGAGUCGCUUUCCGGACAUGUACAAAGCAACAAUGUGGCUCCGGGAGAACCAGCAAACAUUCCGUGCCAAAGUCUACGAGCCCAUUGCCAUUGAGUUGAAGCUAAAGGACGCCCGCGAGGGAAAAUACUUGGAGAAUUUGAUCUCAGUGCGUGAUCUCACGGCAAUUGUGUGCGAAGAUGCCGAAGAUAUGAAGAUGCUGGUGAAGAAGCUCACCAGUGAGCUACAUCUCAAGGUGAAUGUCCUUCAGAGUAGUGCAGCACAGCAGGUUAACUACACCCCACAGGUUCCCAUUGAGCAGCUCAGGCGCUUUGGGUUUUCAAAGUACCUCCUGGAUAUGGUUGAGGGUCCCUUUCCGAUUCUCAACUACCUCUGUAGCAUCUAUAAGUUGCACAACAUCCCUCUGGGAACCGAACAAACAGACAGAGUGAUUGACAAUGUAAUUUCUUCGGGGCAUUUUAAGUUUUUCUUCACACCAAAUCAUCGGUACGCCGUAGUCAAGUCCAAAUACUCAUCAGCUUCAUCAACAACGUGCAUUGAGAUUAAAGGGAAGAAACUCCUGACUGUUCCUGUGAAUCCCGCCAUUGUGCAGAAUGAGCGUAGAGCGCUGCAGGAGUUGCAAAAGCGCAGUGAGGGGCAUUCGGGGGAAAUUGGGGAGUUUGAGGCGCGAAUUAGCCGAAAUGAGGGUCAAGUGAGGGAAUUGAAUGUUGCCCUGAUGGAGAUUGAGGAGAAAAUUCAGCGAUUUGCCGGAUUGGGGAAACGUGUGAAGAUUCAACAGCAGAAGCUGAAGAAUAUCCAGGAGAUGUUGAUUGAUGUUGCGGCGGAAGAGGUGAAGUGUCAGGAAACGACAAAAGAGUCCAUCCGGAGGAUGCUGGAGACAUUCCGGAAGAUGACGCAAGUGCUGGAGAAGGGGGAAGAGGCAGAAGUGCAGCUAAUGUUCAAUCGAGACUACUUGCAACGCUUCCACACCACCAAUGCUGACCUCAAGGCGCGUCUCUGUGAAGCACAAUCAGCUGCAGAUGGGGCAAAGAAGCUCCAGGAGAGUGUCCAGAAAGCCCUUGAGGAUUGCCGAAGGGCUAUUGGGGGGCAAAAGGAGGAGAUCCGGACACUCAUUGCAGCGGCAUUCCCGGCGAAUAUGAAGUACACCGAACGGGAGGAUUUCCAGGAACUUCCGGCAACAGAUGAGGAGCUCGUUGAGGUGAUUAAUUCCCUUCAGACACAGGUGGAUUGUAUGGAGGGACGCAAUGAGCGAAUAAUUGAGGAGUACGAAGCACGUGGGAGGAAGAUUGAGGAGCUACGUGAGCGCAUUGCAGGGCAAAAUGGGCAAAAUAGGCAGCUUCAGGGGAGAAUGGAGGAGCUCCACAAGCGCUGGUUCCCAGCAAUCAGUGAUGUGAUCAACAAAAUUAAUUUGAAAUUCUCAACCUUCAUGGCAUCGAUGGAUUACGCCGGAGAGGUGGCUCUAACGCGCAAGAAUGAUCACACAUACUCAAGCUAUGGGAUCACAAUAAAGGUUGUCUAUCGCAACAAUGAAUCCCUGCAGCAGUUGAAUAGCUUCCUCCAGUCAGGUGGGGAGCGCACGGUGGCCAUUGCAACGUACACGCUGGCCCUGCAGCAGCUCAGUCAGGUGCCCUUUAGGUGCGUUGAUGAGAUCAAUCAGGGAAUGGAUCCGAAGAAUGAACGCAAAAUCUUCAAUAUGCUCGUUGAGGAGACUUCCCGACCAGGCAUGUCGCAGUACUUCUUCAUCACCCCAAAGAUUAUUCCGAAUUUGAACAGCAACGAGCACAUGGUCUUCCAUUGCGUCUUCAAUGGGCCCCACAUUCAGAGUUCUGUUGUCUUUCUGGAUGGAACUGAUAGCAAUAGUUUCCUCACUCAAGCCUAAAAAGAGUUUUUCAGUUUAAUUGUUUUUCUUUCAUUCUUUUCAUUCAUUUUUUUUCAUUUUCUUUGUAAAUAUCUUUGUGAAAAAAUUGUCAAAUAAAAUUAUAUGUAAGUAAAA